CCUUUCCCCCUCGACUCCUCUACACACACUGACUCCUUCCGGCACCGGACAUCUUCUCCGGCGAACGAUUAUUUGCUUUUAUUUAUACAACUUCGUAAAACCAAAUCAAAGCAAGUUAAAGUUUGUGUAUCGGUUUAAUCUGACGCAUAUUGAUGUAUACACAGAAGAAUCGGUUAUGAAAUUUGCACUGCAGAAUCGGUGAAAUGCACGCCGGAAUUUGAGACGUAAUAGUCAUAUCAAGACAAAAAGAAUAACAGCAAGUGGUUUAAGAUGAUGGAACACAAAAGAAGUCCAGUAUCUGUUGAACAAGGGGGGAGCCUUACUUCUUUGACACCAAAAAGACACAAAACUGGUUUAUCCAUCUCCUCUAAGGAAAGAAAAGAGAAAGUUGGUGAAAGAAUUGCAGCCCUUCAACAGCUUGUUUCACCAUAUGGAAAGACAGAUACAGCUUCUGUACUUCUUGAAGCAAUGGAGUACAUACACUUUCUUCAUGAACAAGUCAAGGUGCUAAGUGCUCCUUACCUUCAUAGCAACUCAACGAAUGAAUAUCAGGAAUUAGGGCCGUAUAACUUGAAAAACAAAGGGUUGAUUUUGGUUCCGAUUUCGUCUACAAUGGGAGUUGCUAGUAGCAAUGGAGCGGAUAUAUGGGCCCCAAUCAAGACCAAUUCCGAUAAUCGUAGAAAACUAACAAAUAUGAUGUAGAUUUCUUGGUUAGGGGGAGGAGAGUUGGUAGAAUAUAUAUAUAUAUAAAAUAAAUAAGAAAUUAUAUUUAU